CCCAGCCCAAAAGGUUCACACGUGGUGCUCAAACAAAUUCAAAAUGAGGAAACAGCGACAUUUGCUCGUAGUGGCCAUCUAUUGCCUCUUUCUCUCAGGCUUUUCGUUAACUCGUGCCCAACAACAAGCAGAUGUCAAAAAUGGUGCCGCUGCCGAUAUAAUAUUUCUAGUGGAUUCCUCUUGGAGCAUUGGAAAGGAACAUUUCCAACUUGUUCGAGAGUUUCUAUAUGAUGUUAUAGAAUCUUUAGCUGUGGGAGAAAAUGAUUUCCAUUUUGCUCUGGUCCAGUUCAACGGCAACCCACAUACCGAGUUCCUGUUAAAUACGUAUCGUACUAAACAAGAAGCCCUCUCUCAUAUUUCCAACAUGUCUUAUAUUGGGGAAAGCAAUCAGACUGGAAAAGGAUUAGAAUACGUAAUGCAAAACCACCUCACUAAGGCUGCUGGAAGCCGGGCCAGUGAUGGAGUCCCUCAGGUUAUUGUAGUGUUAACUGAUGGACACUCGGACGACGGUCUUGCUCUGCCCUCAGCGGAACUUAAGUCUGCUGACGUUAACGUGUUUGCAAUUGGAGUUGAGGAUGCAGAUGAAGGAGCGUUAAAAGAAAUAGCAAGUGAACCGUUCAAUAUGCAUGUUUUCAACCUAGAGAAUGUUACAUCACUUCCUGACAUAGUAGGAAAUUUAGUGUCCUAUGUGCGCUCAUCCGUGGCUCUAGAAAGGGCUGGAGACACAGAGACCCUUAAAGACAUCACAGCACAAGACUCUGCUGACAUUAUUUUCCUUAUUGAUGGAUCAAACAACACCGGAAGUGUCAAUUUCACAGUCCUUCGCGACUUCCUUGUAAAUCUCCUUGAGAGACUCUCAGUUGGAGCUCAGCAGAUCCGAGUGGGGGUGGUCCAGUAUAGUGAUGAGCCCAGAACCAUGUUCUCCUUGGACACCUACUCCACCAAGGCUGAGGUUCUGGAUGCAAUCAAAGCCCUUGGGUUCCUUGGUGGGGAGUUGGCGAACAUUGGCCUUGCCCUUGACUUCGUGGUGGAGAACCACUUCACCCGGGCAGGAGGCAGCCGAGUGGAAGAAGGGGUUCCCCAGGUGCUGGUCCUCGUAAGUGCUGGGCCUUCUAGUGACGAGAUCCACGAUGGGGUGGUAGCACUGAAGCGGGCUAGCGUGUUUUCUUUCGGCCUUGGAGCCCAGGCCGCCCCCAGGGCAGACCUUCAGUACAUAGCCACCAAUGACAACUUGGUGUUCACUGCCCCGGAAUUCCAUAGCUUUGGGGACCUCCAGGAGCAAUUACUGUCGUACAUUGUUGGCGUGGCCCAAAGGCGCAUUGUCUUGCAACCGCCAACCAUUGUCACUCAAGUCAUUGAAGUCAGCAAGAGGGACAUAGUUUUCCUGGUGGAUGGCUCAUCGGCACUGGACGGGCCCAGCUUCAAUGCCAUCCGCGAGUUCAUUGCCAGAGUCAUCCAGAAGCUGGAAAUCGGCCAGGAUCUUAUCCAAGUGUCAGUGGCUCAGUAUGCAGACACCGUGAGGCCAGAGUUUAAUUUCAACCGCUAUCCCAGCAAGAAGGAAGUCAUUGCUGCCGUGAGGAAAAUGAAGCCCAUGGGAGGCUCAGCCCUGUACACGGGCUCCGCUCUGGACUUUGUUCGGAACCACCUGUUCACCAGUGCGUCUGGCUACCGGGCCACCGAGGGGGUCCCCAAGCUCUUGGUGCUGAUUACAGGUGGUAAGUCCCUGGAUGACAUCAGCCAGCCUGCGCAGGAGCUAAAGAGAAGCAGCAUCAUGUGCUUUGCCGUUGGGAGCAAGGCUGCCGACCAGGCUGAGCUGGAGGAGAUGGCGUUUGACUCGUCCCUGGUGUUCAGCCCUGCCGAGUUCCAGACCAACCCUUUGCAAGGCAUGCUGCCCAGCUUGCUGGCGCCUCUCAGGACCCUCUCUGGAACCACUGAAGUUCACGUAAACAAAAGGGAUAUCAUCUUUCUUUUGGAUGGAUCGUUCACCGUUGGAAAGACCCAUUUCCCCUAUGUGCGGGACUUUGUAAUGGCCGUAGUUAACAGCCUUGAUGUUGGAAGUGACAGCAUCCGUGUCGGUCUAGUGCAAUUUAGUGACGCUCCGGUGACGGAGUUCUCCCUAAACACUUACCAGACUAAGUCAGACGUGCUUGCGCACUUGCGGCAGCUGCGGCUGCAGGGCGGGGCGGGCCGCAACACCGGCUCCGCGCUGAGCUAUGUGCACGCACACCACUUCACCGACGCGGGCGGCAGCCGGAUCCGCGAGCGCGUCCCGCAGCUGCUGCUCCUGCUCACGGCCGGGCGGUCUGAGGACUCGUAUUUGCAGGCGGCCAACGCGCUGGCCCGCGAGGGCGUCCUGACCUUUUGCGUAGGCGCCAGCCAGGCGGAUAAGACCGAGCUCGAGCACAUUGCUUUUAACCCGAGCCUGGUGUACCUCAUGGAUGAUUUCAGCUCCCUGCCGGCUUUGCCUCAGCAGCUGAUUCAGCCCCUAACCACGUAUGUUAGUGGAGGUGUGGAGGAAGUGCCGCUCGCCCAGCCAGAAAGCAAGCGAGACAUUCUCUUCCUCUUUGAUGGCUCAGUCAAUCUCGUGGGCCAGUUCCCUGUUGUCCGUGACUUUCUCCACAAGGUUAUUGAUGAGCUUGAUGUGAAGCCGGAUGGGACCCGAGUCGCCGUGGCUCAGUACAGCAACGACGUGAGGGUGGAGUCCCGUUUCGACCAGCACCAGAAUAAGCCCGAAAUCCUGAACAUCGUGAAGAGAAUGAAGAUUAAGACGGGCAAAAUCCUCAACCUGGGCUACGCCCUGGACUAUGCACAGAGACACAUUUUCGUGAAGUCCGCCGGAAGCCGGAUCGAAGAUAGAGUGCCUCAGUUCCUGGUGCUGCUGGUGGCGGGAAAGUCCUCUGACAGUGUGGAUGGGCCAGCGCGCAACCUGAAACAGAGUCCGGUGGUGCCUUUCAUCUUACAGGCCAAGAACGCAGACCUUGCCCAGUUACAGCUGAUAGCGCUGUCCCCCGCCUUCAUCCUGGCCGCGGAGUCACUUCCUAAGAUUGGAGACCUCCAACCACACAUUGUGAAUUUAUUAAAAGCAGUGCAAAAUGGGACGCCGACACCAGUUUCAGGUGAAAAGGACGUGGUGUUUCUGCUUGAUGGCUCUGAGGGUGUCAGGAGCGGCUUUUCCCUGUUGAAAGAGUUUGUCCAGGACAUGGUGGAGAGCCUGGACGUGGGCCCAGACCGGGUCCGUGUGGCCGUGGUACAGUACAGCGACCGGACCAGGCCUGAGUUCUACCUGAAUUCGUACAUGGACAAGCAGAGUGUGGUGAAUGCCGUACGUGGGAUGACCCUGCUCGGGGGGCCAACCCCCAACACUGGGGCCGCCCUGGACUUUGUCCUGAGGAAUAUCCUGAUUAGCACUGUCGGAAGCAGGAUAGCGGAAGGCGUCCCCCAGCUCCUGAUUGUCCUCACAGCUGACAGGUCUGGGGAUGAUGUGAGUGGCCCCUCGGGGGUCCUGAAGAGGGGCGGGGUGGUACCCAUUGGUGUCGGCAUUGGCAGCGCGGACGUCACGGAGAUGCAGACCAUCUCCUUCAUCCCGGACUUCGCGGUGGCCGUCCCCACCUUCAGGCAGCUGGGGGACAUCCAACAGGACAUCUCCCAGAGAGUGACCCAGCUCAGCCAGGAAGAGGUGAACAGGCUGAAGGCAGUCAUUCCCACUCCACCGAGCCCAGGUGUUGGCAGCAAGAAGGACGUGGUCUUUCUCAUUGAUGGGUCCCAAAGUGCUGGCCCUGAGUUUCAGUACAUCCGUGCCCUCAUUGAGAGGCUGGUCGACUCCCUGGACGUGGACUUUCACACGACCCGGGUGGCAGUCGUCCAGUUCAGCGACGACGUCACUGUAGAGUUCCUGCUGAAUGCCCACUCCAGCAAGGAUGAGGUGCAGAAUGCGGUGAGGCGGCUGCGGCCCAAAGGCGGGAGGCAGAUCAACAUCGGGGGUGCCCUGGAGUACGUGUCAAAGAACAUCUUCAAGAGGCCAGAGGGGAGCCGGAUCGAAGAGGGCGUCCCUCAGUUCCUGGUCCUCAUUUCAUCUGGGAAAUCAGGGGACGAGGUGGGCGACGCAGCAGUAGAGCUCAAGCAGUCUGGCGUGGCGCCCUUGAUGAUUGCAAGGCACACAGACCAGAAGGAGCUGGUUCAGAUCUCCCUGAGCCCCGAGUACGUGUUCUCGGUGAGCACCUUCCGGGAGCUGCCCGGCCUGGAUCAGCAACUGCUGACCCCCAUCACGACCCUGACCUCAGAACAGAUACAGCGGAUUCUGUCCAGAACUCGCUACCCUCCUCCAGCUGCUGAGAGUGACGCUGCAGAUAUCGUCUUCCUCAUCGAUAGCUCUGAUGGUGUGAGGCCUGAAGGCAUUGCAUACAUUCGAGAUUUAAUCAUGAAGCUUGUUCGAAGACUCAGUGUUGGCCCCAAUAAAGUGAGAAUUGGGGUUGUGCAGUUCAGCAAUGAUGUCUUUCCUGAAUUCUUCCUGAAGACCUAUAAAUCCCAGGCCGCCGUGCUCGACGCCAUACAUCGCCUGAGGUUCAAAGGGGGUUCUCCGCUGAACACUGGCAAAGCUCUGGAACAUGUGGCAAGAAAUCUCUUUGUUAAGUCUGCUGGGAGCCGGAUAGAAGAUGGGGUGCCCCAGCACCUGGUUCUGUUUCUGGGUGGAAAAUCCCAGGAUGACGUUUCCAGGGUUUCACAGGUGAUCCGCUCCUCAGGGAUUGUGAGUUUAGGGGUUGGAGCCCAAAACAUCGACAGAUCAGAGUUGCAGACCAUCACCAAUGACCCCAGACUGGUCUACACGGUGCGAGGGUUUAGAGACAUCUCCCACCUAGAAGACAGGAUCUUGAACUCCUUUGGACCCUCUAGGAUCACUCCUGCCCCGCCAGGAGUGUUCACACCUUCCCCACCUCGGACAGAUACAAGGAAAGCAGAUAUUGUGUUCUUGUUGGACGGUUCCAUCAAUUUCCAGAGGCACAAUUUCCAGGAAGUGCUCCAUUUUGUGUCCGAAAUUGUGGAUACAGUUUAUGGAGAGGACGCUUCCAUCCAAGUGGGGUUGGUCCAGUACAACUCUGACCCCACGGAUGAAUUCUUCUUGAAGGAGUAUCCCACCAAGCAGCAGAUUAUCAGCGCCAUCAACAAAGUGGUCUACAAAGGGGGGAGAAAUGCAAACACCAAGGUGGGGAUUGAGCAUCUGCAGCGGGCCCACUUUGUGCCGGAAGCCGGCAGCCGCCUGGAUCAGAGGGUCCCUCAGAUUGCAUUUGUGAUCAUGGGGGGGAAGUCAAUAGAAGACGCCCAGGAGGCGAGCCUGGCACUCACCCAGAGAGGUGUCAAAGUGUUCGCAGUGGGCCUGGGAAACACCGACUCAGUGGAGGUCGGGAAGAUAGCGUCCAACAGUGCCACAGCGUUCCGCGUGGGGAAUGUCCAGAAGCUGUCGGAACUGAAAGAACAAGUUUUGGAAACUCUGGAUGGUGCAAUGCAGGAGACCUUAUGUCCAGGUGUGACUGAUGUUUCCAGAGCCUGUAGCCUGGACGUGAUUCUGGGGUUUGAUGGUUCAAGCAAUCAGAAUGUGUUUGUGGCUCAGAAAGGCCUUGAGUCGAAGGUGGAUGCCAUCUUGAAUCGAAUUAGCCAGAUGCAGCCACUCAGCUGUGGGGGCGGCCAGAUGCCCACCGUGCGGGUGUCCGUGGUAGCCAGCACGCCCUCGGGCCCCGUGGAGGCCUUCGACUUUGCCGAGUACCAGCCCGAGCUGCUGGAGAAGUUCCGGAGCAUGCGGAGCCAGCACCCCUAUGUCCUCACGGCCGACACGCUGAAGGUCUAUCAGACCAAGUUCAGGCAGUCCUCCUCGCCCGACAGGGUGAAGGUGGUCAUUCAUUUUACUGAUGGAGCGGAUGGAGAUAUGGCUGAUUUACAAAGGGCAUCGGAGGUGCUCCGAGAAGAAGGUGUCCGAGCUCUGAUGUUGGUGGGCCUCGAACGUGUAGCCAAUUUGGAGCAGCUCUCCCAGCUGGAGUUCGGGCGAGGAUUUGCGUACAACAGGCCGCUGAGGCUGAACUUGCUGGACCUGGAUUAUGAGCUCGUAGAGCAGCUGGACAACAUUGCCGAGAAAGCUUGCUGUGGGGUGCCCUGCAAAUGCUCUGGAGAAAGGGGUGACCGGGGGCCCAUCGGGGGCAUUGGGCCGAAGGGUAUCCCUGGAGAAGAUGGCUACCGAGGUUAUCCUGGUGAUGAGGGUGGACCCGGUGAACGGGGUCCGCCUGGCGUGAACGGCACUCAAGGUUUCCAGGGCUGCCCUGGCCAGAGAGGAGUAAAGGGCUCUCGUGGAUUCCCAGGAGAGAAGGGUGAACUAGGGGAGAUCGGACUGGAUGGUCUUAAUGGUGAAGAUGGAAACAAAGGAUUGCCUGGUUCUUCCGGAGAGAAAGGGAAUCCCGGGAGGAGGGGUGAUAAAGGCCCUAAUGGACGCAAAGGAGAAAGGGGAGAUGCUGGAAUUCGAGGCGACCCGGGUGAACCAGGACGGGACAACCAGCAGAGAGGACCCAAAGGAGAGACGGGAGACAUUGGGCCCAUGGGUCUCCCUGGGAGAGAUGGGGCGCCUGGAAGGCCUGGAGAACCUGGGGAGAGCGGCGGCUUUGGGAGAAGGGGACCAGCAGGAGCUAAGGGCAACAAGGGUGGUCCAGGCCAGCCGGGCUCUGUGGGAGAGCAGGGGACCAGAGGAGGACAGGGCCCACCUGGUCCCACUGGUCCUCCAGGCCUGAUUGGUGAACAAGGCAUCCCAGGAACUCGGGGAAGUGGAGGGCCCCCAGGUACUCCCGGAGAACGUGGCAGGAUCGGGCCCCUGGGAAGAAAGGGCGAGUCUGGAGAUCCAGGACCUAAUGGAGGAAUCGGGACCCUGGGGCCCCGUGGGGAGACGGGAGAUGACGGGCGAGACGGAUUUGGCAGUGAAGGACGCAAGGGCAAAAAAGGAGAAAGAGGAUUUCCUGGAUACCCUGGUCCAAAGGGAGCCCCCGGUGAGCCAGGAACAGGGGGAGCUCCAGGACCCAAAGGCAGCAGAGGUCGAAGGGGAAAUUCAGGACCUCCAGGCACAGUCGGACAGAAGGGAGACCUUGGGUACCCAGGACCAUCCGGUUCCAAAGGUAACAGAGGCGACUCGAUCGAUCAAUGUGCCCUUGUCCAGAGCAUCAAAGAUAAAUGUCCUUGCUGCUACGGGCCCCUGGAAUGCCCCGUCUUCCCGACAGAACUGGCCUUUGCUUUAGACACCUCUGAGGGGGUCACCUCAGACGCGUUUGGCCGGAUGAGGGAUGUGCUCUUGAAGAUUGUGGGCGACUUGACCAUUGCUGAGAGCAACUGCCCACGGGGGGCCCGCGUGGCCGUGGUCACCUACAACAAUGAGGUGACCACGGAGAUUCGGUUCGCCGACUCCAAGAAGAAGUCCGCCCUCCUGGACAGCAUCAAGAACCUUCAGGUGUCUCUGACAUCCAAGCAGCAGAGCCUGGAAACCGCCAUGUCCUUUGUGGCCAGAAACACGUUCAAGCGAGUGAGGAACGGAUUCCUGAUGAGGAAGGUGGCCGUUUUCUUCAGCAAUAAACCCACGAGGGCAUCCCCACAGCUCAGGGAGGCUGUGCUGAAGCUGUCGGAUGCUGGGAUCACGCCCUUGUUCCUCACGAACCAGGAGGACCGGCAGCUCGCCAACGCUCUGCAGAUCAAUAACACAGCAGUGGGGCACGCGCUUGUGCUGCCCGCCAGAAGAGACCUCACGGACUUCCUGAAGAACGUCCUGACUUGUCAUAUUUGCUUGGAUAUCUGCAACAUCGACCCGUCCUGUGGGUUUGGCAGCUGGAGGCCCGCCUUCAGGGACCGGCGAGCUGCGGGCAGCGAUGUGGACAUCGACAUGGCUUUCAUCUUAGACAGUGCCGAGACCACGACUGUGUUCCAGUUCAGUGAGAUGAAGAAGUACAUAGGGUACCUGAUCAGACAGCUGGAUGUGAGCCCCGACCCCAAGGCCUCCCAUCACUUUGCCAGAGUGGCCGUUGUGCAGCAUGCACCCUAUGCUUCCGUGGGGAACGCCAGCGUGCCGCCCGUGAAGGUGGAGUUCUCCCUGACUGACUACGGCUCCAAGGAGAAGCUGGUGGACUUCCUCAGCAGCAGGAUGACACAGCUGCAGGGCACCAGGGCCCUGGGCAGCGCCAUCCAAUACACCGUCGAGAAUGUCUUUGAAAGCGCGCCCAACCCGCGGGACCUGAAGAUCGUGGUCCUGAUGCUGACGGGCGAGGUGCCGAAGCCACAGCUGGAGGAGGCCCAGAGAGCCAUCUUGCAGGCCAAGUGCAAGGGCUACGUCUUUGUGAUCCUGGGCAUUGGCAGGAACGUCAACAUCAAGGAGGUGUACAGCUUCGCCAGCGAGCCAAACGACGUCUUCUUCAAACUGGUGGAUGAGUGCACUGAGCUCAACGAGGAGCCCCUAAUGCGCUUUGGGAGGCUGCUGCCGUCCUUUGUCAGCAGUGAAAAUGCUUUCUACUUGUCCCCAGAUAUCAGGAAACAGUGUGAUUGGUUCCAAGGAGAUCAACCGGCAAAGAAUCUUGCGAAAUUUGGUCACAAACAAGUGAACAUUCCAAAUAAUGUCACUUCAAGUCCGACAUCCAAACCAGUGACCAAAGCAAAGCCAGUGGCCACCACAGAACCAGUGACCACCACAACCAAACCAGUAACUAUGGUAAACCUGCCGGCCCCUGCAAAGCUGCCCCCUGCAAAGUCAGCCCCUGCAAAGCUGCCCCCUGCGAAGUCGGCCCCUGCAAAGCUGCUCCCUACAAAGCUGGCCACCACAAGACUUGUGGUUGCCAAGCCUGAGGCCGCGGAGAUGGACAUGGUUAGACCUGCAGCGGCUGUGAAGCCCAUGGCAACGAGGUCUGCAGCUGUGAAGCCAGCAGCUGCAAGACCCCCCACCACUGCCAAACCAGUGGCCACAAAGCCUGAGGCCCCCAAGCCCCAGGCAGCCAGACUGGCCGCUACCAAACCAGCUACUGCUAAGCCCAUGGCGAAGGCUUCCGGAGAGGUCCAGGUGUCCGGGAUCACAGAGAACAGCGCCAAACUCCACUGGGAGAGGCCGGAGCCCCCCGGUCCUUAUUUUUAUGACCUCACUGUGACCUCGGCCUACGACCAGUCCCUGGUUCUGAAGCAGAACGUCACGGUCACAGACCGUGUCAUCGGCGGCCUGCGUGCCGGGCAGAAGUACCAUGUGGCCGUGGUCUGCUACCUGAGGUCUCAGGUCAGGGCCACCUACCAAGGAAGUUUUAGCACAAAGAAAACUCAGCCUCCACCGCCACAGCCAGCAAGGCCAGCUGCUAGUUCAACCAUCAAUCUAAUGGUGAGCACGGAACCAUUGGCUGGUGGUGAAAGAGAUAUAUGUAAGCUGCCAAAAGAAGAAGGAACUUGCCGGAAAUUUAUAUUAAAGUGGUACUAUGAUUCUCAGACCAAGAGCUGUGCAAGGUUCUGGUAUGGAGGCUGCGGUGGAAAUGAAAAUCGAUUUAAUUCACAGAAGGAAUGUGAAAAGGUUUGCGCCCCUGUGCUUGUCAACCCUGGAGUCAUCAGUGCAAUUGGGACCUAAGAGUGGCCGCCCAGUGACACGUACCUCUUGAAGAAGUCAGCCCUUUGCAAGCCGUCUUCACAGAAGCUCUGGGUGUAGACCCCCUGGCACUGUACCGUUUCAUGUUUCGACUCACACUCGAACUCAGGAGGGACCGCUCUGCCACCUGACCUAUCGAUAUGGUGCUAAGUGUGUCUGGACCCAACGCUCUUUGUCUCCAGGCAGUAAUAUCAUAUACUUUGAAUGUUGUGUAAUAGUUAUCCACUGCUGGCGUUUAUGUGAACAUUCCUAUCAACUCAAAUUCCGUCUGGAGUUUCACGUUAUGCCUGUUCCAGGCAAAUGUAAGGUCUAGAAAAUAACCCCAACUUCACAGCUACUCUAUAUACUUCUGCUUGGUUCGUGGUUUGUUUUUUUUUCCCCCCUGUCUUCAUUAAGCAUGACUUUAGAUGGAAAGCCUGUGUAUGGUGAAUAAACAAGUGCCCAACUUUUCUGUUUUUCUCCCAAUACCCUGGAUUAAAAUUUCGAGAGCAUUUUCUUUUCCUGAAGCCUCUAACAAGCGAUCGAGUUAGAAGGAAACAAACUCUCCUAAUUUCUGUGGACUGUUGUGGGACCAAUGCCGUCUUUAAAGAAUGAGAAGAAAGUCAUAAUAGAGAAUAUUUUUGGCAUUCCUCUAAUGUUGUGUGUGUUUUUAUUUUGUGCGGGGGGU